UAGUCAUAAAUGGCACUUGCAAUUUAGUAACAAUAAAUAUGUAUAUGUUUAACUGAGACUUGAAUUUCACAGGGCUUGUUUUCCCUUCUGAAAUUCAGACAGAAAUGCAAUAGACAGAAAUACAGCCAAGUAGCAUACACAGAUCUGUUACGUGGAGGCUGUAUUCUGUGCUCAGUCCUUUGGGAGAGUGGUGUCUUCCUCCAAGGUUUGAAGCAUUGAGUAGACUUGUCACCAUGAUGUUUUCCUGGGAGCAUCAGCUGUCAGCUUCAGACCCACAGAGGCACGGCAGCACCAGUGUGUGGGGGACAUAGGAAUAGGGUAAUGCCCCACCAGGAAGGGAGAAGCCUCGUCUAGCCUGUUCCAGGCCAGAAAAAGCUCCUGUGAGUGUGGGCGAUGGGGACACAUGCCACUCUGGCCCCUUAGCCUUCUUCUCCGUGAUGGCAAAGAGGGUGGAAGAACUUCCACCCCACCUUGCCUCUGGUCUUCCUCACUGCAGUAAUGAGAAGGUGCAUCCUCCAUCUCACCCCAGCCCUGCCCUUGUAUAUCUGUUGUGUUGAACCUCUAAAUACAAUGGACUAAAUAUUUUUUGCUAUUAAGCUUCAUAGAUUGCUGAAGUUGCAAUAUUCUAUGAAAAGUCAUCUAGCUCAAUGAGUUUUGAUUGUUGGUAGUUUUAUUGUUUAAUUGAUUAUAUCAGAUGCUAUUUAUUCCAUCUAGAUCCGCUCCUGUAAAACAUUUAAUAUUACUUUUGAUUAAACUAGUUUGGUUUGGGAAAUCAUUUUUUGCUCCCCACUUCAUCCCUCCAAACAACACUGCCUAUGAAUAUUUUGCUGAAAAAAAUUAAAGCCACCGAGAGCUUUUAAAAAAUAAGGCAACAAGUAAUCAAAACUCUUGUCUAUUAGAAAUUAGACUAUUAGAAAAUAGUUAUUUGCAGCAAAGUGUUACAAAGAUAGAAGUGAGGAACAAAAUAUGAUCACUGAUAGAAAAGUAUCGACAUACCUGGAGACAAUAUAGUAUGUAAUACUCAUCUGCUAUCCUUUUUGUAGUGGGAAGAUAUGUCUCUAGUUCUUUAGAGACAAGAGCAGCCAAAACAAAAAGACUAUAUAAAUAAUGCUGUGUUAUAAAGAAACUUUUUGGUGCAUAAUACAGUAAAAUACCUGUUAUCUCAAUUCCAUAUUCUUCAAUUAUCAUAAUAUCACCAAGAUACAAACUUGCAGAGUUCAUUAACACUCUGGAUAUUAAUCUCUUUGUAUUAUUUAUAUAAUCUGCAGCAUGAUCUGGCACAUAAACACAGCAGGUUUAGUUUAUUUUACCCAUUCAGUGCAAAACAUCUCUUGCACAAAACCAAUGCAUUCAAGUUAAACCUCAGGGUACAAAUCUGUAUUUAUGUAAACUGGACUUCAUAUGUUCAAGGUUAGAGGCAUAUCCUAACAGAUGCAUCAGAAAGAAGGACAGUCAGUACAGAUGAAAAAAAAAGAACUUAUCUGCAUUGCAGAAUAUGUAGAAGUAGAGAUAUGAUCUACCUUAAUUCUUUUCCACCUCCAGGAAGAUUCUAGAUAGCAUUUUGGAUUGUUUUUAUUCUUUUAUUUAUAUUAGCCGAAUGGAGUACAGAUAGGCAACUGAAGUAAAUUGUGGUAAAUUGACUGAAGUAGAUACAGGUAGAUAAUCAGUGAAUUUUGUAUCCAGGGAUUUUGUUCCUGGCAUUACAAGUAAGAAAGUAUGAUGAAGGUAGCUUUUCUGAGCAUCAAAGCAGAUAAAGUUUAUUUUUCUGUGGGAUACUUUAGUGGGAUGUAGAGCUUCUUUUUAAAGAUUAGACCGGCCUAAUUAAAUAUGGGAGUAUAUUAGACACUCAGAUCUAUGGCUUCUUCUUGCUUUUAUGUUUAGCAUUCAGUUAGUGCUGAAUACUUGUUUAAUUUUUGUUUAGUGUGUUCACACAGCUAAAGUUUAUCUAAGCCUAUUUUCUCUGAAAAUAUGUGUAUGUUGAGGUCCAGAAUGCCUCACACUCUUUUAGUUGUUGUUAGCUUUUUGCUGACCGUCAGCGGCAGGAAGGAUCAUAGAUAUUGUCCCCCUUUAGAAUCAAUGAAUCAGGCACGUUCUUUUUUAAAGUGAGAAAAGAAGUGCCAUCCAACCCCGAUUUUCAUUGUGAUGCCCAAAGAUGACAUAAAAUCUGGGUGCCAGGGAGGAAUAUCCAUUGCGGGGGAAGAAACCAGCCCUAUGCUCCUCUGUGAUUGGGGCUGACUGUGUUGUUGCUGGGUGGAACAGCUUAACGCUGUUGCUGCUCCUGCUGCUCCUGCUCUGGUACGGUGAUGUUUCAGUUCCAGAUUGUGCUGACUCACAUUCAAGAAAACAUGAUACACAGACAAAAUGCACUCUAACUCUUAUCCUUUCCCCCAGUAACCUCGAAACUUUCUUUAGCUCAAGCAAUAAAUGGCUGAGACAGUAGGCACAGUGUCAAGAACUAAAGAAGAGAUCCAAAAUAACAGUGAUGAUGAAGACCCAUUUCUGAAUCGUGAUGUUGUUGCAGCAUCCCCUGGUUGCUCUGCCGGCUGCUAUCUAGCCAGCCUUAAUGAAGACAAGGGAAGCUCAGCAGCACCAGCAAGACUGUCCAUCCUCUCCAGUAGGGCUAUAGCCCAGGCAAAAGCCCUUGCUGGCCCAGAGAUGGUUAGUGACGGCCAGGCACAGAAAACAGCCUCUGGGUUGGCUAAGCAUCAUCCAAUAACUGAACAUGCAUUGUUAGUUGGAUCAUGGUGCCCCACAGCAGCUGGUAACCUCCAGACUGCAGACACUGCCUCUCCAUGCUCUAAAAGGCCCUGUUGCAAUGGCAACCUGAGUUUGGAGGUGCCAAUGGUGCCUGGUGGAGCUGAUGAACCCCUACAGUCUGUCACUGCCCUGCCCAGGACUGAUGCCAUGGGCUGUCACACGCAGGAAGCAGGGAGUGGUGCCAAGGAUGAUAUGGGUCCUUGUAGUCUGGACUGGGUGAUUUGGACGAAGACCACAAAAGUAUUGGAGAGCUUAGAAAAUAAGAAAAAGGAGGAAAAGGAGAAGUACCGUCUCCAGCUAGCUAUGUACCGACGGCUUCUUCUAUUGCGCUCAAUCAGGAGCUUGCAUAAGCAGCUGGAGCAGCAACAGGCCAGAUUGCAGGAAUGCUAUGGCACAGUAAUAAAUACCAAGAAGGAAGUGUUGAAACACAUUCGCUCAAUCUCACCCUCACCUUCGUUGUAAUCAUGUUGCUGCUUGCAGAAACAAGCUUUAUAAUGCCACCGGAGCCUUUAGUAAGCUUGCAUGCCAUAGGGGUGUUGUCCUCAUACCCGAGAGCAUGUGCACACGUGCGCCGAGAACAGAGAGGAAAUGGCAGCAGCAGCAGAGCAAGAAGAUAUGGGAAGACGAAAUGUUGGCUCCUGAAUUUCUCUGGAGGAAACCAGCAGUAGAUUUUACCUGUGCAGGAUGCUAGAGACUCAUAAUGCGCGUUCAAAGCCUCAAGUUGAAAAGAGAUAUUUGGCAUAAGGUUUUGUAAAACAAGAAAAAGAAAACAAAAAAAACCUGGGAAUCUAGUCUGAUGUGACCCGUAAAGGUGGUCAGAUGCAAGAGCUUCUGCCUGCUGAAUUGUACCAUGGCUCAUCGCCUUUCUACUUUCAGCACUAACAAAACUUGAGCAGAAUUGGGAUCCAUUUCUCCCCAAGAACACCUGAAUGUAGAAAACCAAGAUAUUUGAGACACUUAAGCUCAGGCUUGAUUAUAUCUACCUAGCUGCCUCUUUUUCAUAAAACCGCAAAGGCCAUUUUGCAUUUCUGACCUCUACUUGCCUAUAAAAUUUAUUCAGAUUGACCAGAAAUUGUCAUGGGAAGGUAGGAUAGUCAAACAUGCACAGGGAGACAGUGCAACUGCUUAAGCCUUAUUUCCUCUGGAAAGCAAGCUAAACACAAAGGCCUCAUAAUCUGAUGUUUCAUUGGAAACCCAGACUGGCAGUACCAGGGGAAUGUUUGAGGUCUGCACAAUUAUUAAUCUGCUGCUAACUCCCAAUGGCACUAGUGUCUGCAAAGCAAGCAUAAUUUGUGCCUUACUGCUGUCAUUUAAUGGAAGUUGGUGACAAUUAGCACUUUUUCUCCAGGUGUAUUAGGCACAUGGAAAACCCUAGAGCAACUGUUUCUCCAGUUGCAAGGUUAGGAUGCCUGCAGGGAAUUUGAUGUCAGUAUGCAACAAACACAUAGGGAAAAUGAAAGCCAAAAAAAAUGCAACUUUUUGUAUGCAUUUAAAAGGCAAUGUGAGUCCCUGUUAUUGAGCAGCACAUUGAGUAGUUGAAAGUACUGUUUAGGAUAUAAAGCAAAAUAUUAUUCAAGAAGAAAAGAUGCUGAAAAUCUUCCUUUUCUGGGAUUUAAGAUGAUACAGAAAAAUCUCAUUUUUGUCAGAUAUCUGGUUCUGAUUGUACUACCUUUCAUUUUCCCUUGUUGAUUUUUUGUUAUAAAUGUUAAAUACAUGAACAAUCAAACAGGCUUUUUGUGUGCUUUUUUCUGCAUGAAAAGGCAAGACUUUUAUAUCUUUCUGAGAAUAAUGUGCUAUGUAUACGCAACAUUUUAUUCUUGGUUCUUUUUCUGUUUGUGCAUAGAGACAGAGGAUGUGUGUACUUGUGUAUGUGUGCACACAUAUCCCUGCAUACAGGUAGUCAUGAAAGGCUGGUGCAUCUUUCUCUGUAGCAGAAGCAGGAACAAUAUCUCAAAGCAAUCUGUUAUCUGCGAGGAGUUUGGUUGAUUAGAUUCACAUGCACACAUCUGUGAGCAAGGUAUUGAAGUAAUUCAACAACUGGAGUGCAGCACAACAUUGUCAUUUUUCUGUCUUUGUAGUUCUGUGCACCCAAAAUUAUGGAAGACCUCUGGGUAUGCACAACCUUAGAUAGGUUCAUCCAUCUCCUUAGGCCCCGGUGUAGCCUCUCAUGCAGCACAAGUCUGAAACUUUGAAUGUAGAAUUACCAUAGAAACAUCCUUGGCAUCAAGGAGGUAAUUGAAGAAGCAUCCUCUACUGCCUCAUUUGGGGAAUUUGGGUUGCCAGAGGCUUUUAGAGGGCUGAGGAAGAGAGCUGGGGAUUCUGUGUGACUGGGAAACAUUACUCCUGAGCUCUGAUCUCAUCCAACUCUCUGCUUAGCCUUGGAAAAGCUGUCCUCUGUCAGUAAUGCAGGUUUUGCAAAGAACACUUAAAUAUUAAACUCACCUCAAAGGCAACCUAUUCUGUCUUAAUAUGCCUCCCAAGAAGGAAUACUGAUCAUGGCCAAUAAGGCAAGGACUUGAGUUUUUGGUCCUUCCUUAGCUAGAAAAGCCUUUUUGUCACUGGGUAAAAGAGUAAGCAUUCCGUUAAAACAAAUGCAAGCAAAUCACUAUUGUGUUGUCUCUCUUGGGGAAAGAAAUGUUGGAGAAUGGGUGUAUCUCUGAAAAACAACACUGAGUUUUAAAAUCAAAUGUUGAAUUGUUCCCAUGAGGAAAAUAGUCAAAAUAUAUACUUUUGUCAAUUUUGGCCAACUUUUUUUUGUUUGAAAAAUAAUCAUCUUCUAAAUUAGAUUGAGCUUGACUAAUACUAUCAUGUUGUUGUAGUUUAAUCCUAGCCAGCAACUAAGAACCACACAGCUGCUCACUCAGUAAUCCCAGGCAGGAAGGGGGAGAGAUUCAGGAGAGUAAAAGUGAAAAACUUGUGGGUUGAGAUAAAAACAGUCUCAUAGGUAAAUAAAAAGCCAUGCACGCAAGCAAAGCAAAAUAAGGAAUUCGUUCACUACUUCCAAUUGCCAGACAGGUGUUCCACUAUCUCUAGGAAGGCAGAGCUCCAUCAUACUUAAUAGUUUCCUGGGAAGAUAAUUGCCGUAAGUCAAAAUGCUCCCCCUUCCUUCUUUCCACCUGAGCUUUCAUUGCUGAACCAUCUGUCAUCGCAUGUGGAAUAUCCCUUUGGUCAGUUGGGGUAAAAUGUCCCAGAUGUGUCCCCUCCCAGGUUUUUGUGCACCCUGAGCCUAUUCGCUGGUAGGAUGGUAUGAGAAUCAGAAAAGGCCUUGACUCUGUGUAAGAACUGCUCAGUAAUAAUGAAAACAUCCUUGUGGUAUUAAUGCUGUUUCCAGCACAAAUCUAAAACAUAGCCCCAUACUAGCUACCAUGAAGAAAAUUACCACUAUUCUAGCCAAAACCAGUACAUCAUUGAAUUUUCCAGUGACAUAAAACAUUUGCACAAAAAUAUUUUAAAAAAAUGAUAAGACGAAGUAGCUAUUUUUUCUCCGUAGCUGCUGGAGUGUUGACUUGCAUUUUUUGGAAGAAAUGGAACGCCCUCUGUUACCAUACAGAUCUACCUAUAGUGUCAAAAGCACAUUUAAAUGUGACUAGGCAUUAAUGUUUUAAUAACAUUAAAAAAUACUUCUCACAUAAUACACAGUGCAACAAUAUGAGUUGUCAACCUGUCCAACUGUAAGUGCUUUGUGACAGAACUGUGACAAUCUUUGUUUUGUACA